CUGCAUAGGGUGUGUUGAUUGUGUUUUAUUUUGUUUUCUGUUGAAUAUAAUUGUUAUAGGGACGUAAUCGAUGUUUUUUAGCUUGCAAUUGGUAUAAAAUAUAGUGUUCAAAACGUGAUAAAUGUCGGCUUCUGGAGAAUAUUUUUUUAAAUUAAGUUUUUCUGCAAAAUCGAGUUGGCCUAGUUUUUGUUUCGGGCAAUUGUGUUGUUAUUUUCGCUUAAAAUGAUAAUAUUUUGUGUGAAUUAUUUAAAACUUAUAUCGGUAAUUUUUUGGUGCUUAAAAAAAUCAAUUAUAUAAAAAUAUCAAUAUCGUUAUUAACUUUAAUACUAAAAAAAUGUGUAACAAAACCCUUAAAAAUGGAAAAAUUAAAGCAAAUAAAAUAACAAUUAAUAAAAGGUUUAACACAAGAACUAAUAUUAAAUUAUAGUUUUAAAAACCGUUCACCUUAAAAAAAAGAAGAAAAAAUGUCCUGGGAAUCGUUAAAUUCACAUGACUUCCCAAGAUAUUCCACGAACAAUUUUUCUAUGGGCGUAAGCCACCAGCUAUCAGCAACUAGACUACUUGAUUCGCCCGAUGGAUCAAGGCAACCUAUAGACGGUUUAGAAGCUGUUUGGCCCUGGAAUGACUCGUAUUCCAGCCUACAGAGGGACACAUACACGGAGGUUCGAACCCCGCGACCACCUAGGUUCAACUGGGACUGCUUUAGAGCUUGUAGAGCGAGGAUAUAUCACAGCAUAGCCAAACGAAAAGUUGACCAAGGGUUAAGAUUGUAUAACCAGCAUAAACAACAAGCAGCUGUCAGAAAAUGGCGUUCAGCUUUGAAAGCACUAAGAAAAAGAGAUGACAAAUUUAAUCUACUUGGUUAUUUAUAUCAAGCUUAUAUGGAUUGGGGAAAAUACAGAGACGCUCUUGAGUAUGCUCAUCGUAUGUUGUAUAUUUCCGAAGAAUUGGAUAAUCCAACCAUGAGAGCUGAAUCCUAUUUAAAUUUAGCCCGAGCACAUCAAAGACUGGGAGGUUUGGAAAGAGCGUUAGCCUAUGCUAGACACAGCCUGUAUAACGAAUGCGAACAGUGCACAACAGCUGGACAUGUUCAUCUGACAGUCGGUUCCGUUUACUUAGAAUUAGCAGGAUUUAAUAAAGCGCUGGACAGUUUUCAACACGCGCACAGAAUCGCACAGGCGGUGCAUGAUCCGGCCCUGGAGCUACAGGUAUAUGUAGGUCUCUCAGAACUAUUUAGCAGGCUUCAAGAUGCGGAUAAAAGUGCGCGGUAUGCUUCCAAGGCGUACGAUUUAUCCAGAUCACUGCAAUUGGGGGACUUGAACUCCAGACACCACCGGGCGGCUUUACUACAAAUGGCAUCGGCACUAAGAAAACAGGGGGAGUUAGGAGAUGCGCAUGAUUAUUGCUCAGAAGCCACCAGGUUAGCUUUGGUUUCUGGUGAUCAGGCUACGUACGCGAGGAGUAUUAGAAUUAUGGGAGAUAUUUACAGAAAAAAGUCUGAUAUUAAUAAAGCUUUUCGUCAAUAUGAGACAGCCAUGGGUUCUGCUGCCGCAAUGGGCGACAGAGUAAUCCAAAUGGAGUCCAUGGAUGGUGCCGCGAGAUGUUUGGAAGCUUUAAGAUUACAGCACAAAAUUUGCAAUUGUAGACCUUUAGAAUUCAAUACGAGGCUUCUGGAGGUUGCUGGGUCAGUUGGGGCCAAAUUAUUGGUAAGGACGGUGAGAAUAAGGCUGUCAAAAAUAUACCAGGCUUUGGGAGAUGAAGACCAGAAAAAUCACCAUGAAAGAGUGGCUUUGAGAGUUCAACACGAUUUAGAUUUGAACUGUGGAUGCUGUGGAUCACCUUAUGGUCUUGAAAGUGACUCUUUAGAAGCCUUACCCUGUGCCCAUAUUUUACAUGCCAAGUGUGCAUACGACUUAUUCAAACGCAGUAAAAAGAAAAAAAGAAGCUGUCCGGAAUGUGACAGAACGAGUUCUCGUCUGUAUUUAAAUUGUACCGACUAUAACACAAACUUUAGUCCAGUACCACUGUCUGUAUGUUCAUCGGACAGCCAUUGUACGUCGCAUCACGCUACGAGCUCUGUAUAAAAAAAAUGCUAAAUAUCGCUAAAUGAAGAUAAGUGUGUUUUUAUCCUGGAUAUGGGUUGUGGGUACUCAAAAAAUGCAACUUUUGGAUGUAAACAAGAUUCUGAAGUUAAUUUUUUAAAAUUUUGCAACCAGACGAAAAUACGAUUUUACACAAAUACCAUCAUAAAAUCCUCUAAAGUCAUUACGGAUUUUAAGUAAGGGCCUAAUUUACUAUAACUUUACCAAAUUUUAUUAAAAAAUCUCAAUAAACAAAAGACCUGUCAAAAUUUUGACAGCUAUCAAAAAUACGAUGUGGGUACUCAAACUUCACUAUUUUUUGCCCUCUAUAAUAAACAGCA